UUUUUGCAUCCAUUAAAAUUUGACUAUACAUAUUUUGUUAUUCAGCAUAAUUAAUUGUGACACUCCACUGUGAAAAUGACUUUAGGUGAACAAAAUUUAAGGUUAUGAUUCUUAACUUAAAGUAAAAAAAAAAACAUAAAAAGAAAUUAACUUUCAUGACAAACUAAUGAUAUUUAAAUCUUUAGAAUCUAAAAUAUUCCACAAGAAUUGCUUCUCGUUUUACAAAAUAUAAAAAAUAUUAAUCAAGGUAGAAACGAUUAUAAACAUAACCUAAAAUUUUGUGCCAGAUAAAGUACCCUUCACAAUGGAGCGUCUCAUACAUAGAAUUAUAUUUUUAUUUUAUGCAUUAUGUUAACAUUGUUAUAAUUACUUAUUUUAUUUAUCAACACAAAUAAAAAUUGUUAAUUUCAUCCUAAUUUUUAUUUUUAAUUUAAAGCGAAUCGAAAUGCAGUUUAGUAAAUGUGAUGUUUAUGUUGUCAUUGUGUUUUUUCUCAUUUUGUGCGAUGUUUUCUAUUUAAUUGUAUCAUAAAAUUUACAUGAAUUGUGUCCAUAAAUAAUUUACGUACAAAGUCAAAUAUAACAUAUUAUUUUUUCAUCUUUUUAUUUUACAGAUGAAUCAUCACAAUUUGAAGGAUAUGAAGAAUAUUUUGUCUGCAGUUUUUGUUAUCAAAAUUUUUCAAAAAUUUAUGCAAAAAUUCAACACGAGAAUAUCUGCACUCGCAAUCCCAUGAUUGACAGAAGAAUAUUACGCAACAGAUUUUGUUGUGACAAUUGUGGUUAUAGCUUCAUAGAAAAAUUCAAAUUAAACAUACAUAUAAAAUACGAUUGUGGUAAAACACACAUAUGCGAGAAAUUUGAAAAAGACAUCACCAAUAAAUGGCCGUUUCUAGAAAUAAAAAGAUUUGAACAUCUAACUUCAUUACAAGAAGUUCAUGACAACAUUCAUUUAUGCCGCUUUUGUAAUCGAAAGUUUGGAGAUGAUAGUAAAAAGAGAAAACAUGAAAAAGUCUGCACUCAUAAUCCAAUGAUUGACGAAAGCAUAUUACUUGAUAGAUUUUGUUGUGAUAAGUGCGGCAGCAGCUAUAAACAUAAAUUCAGAUUAAACACCCAUAUAAAUUUCGAUUGUGGCAAAUCACACAAGUGCGAAAAAUUUGAAAAAGACAUCACCAAAAAAAUGCCGCUUCUAAAAGUAAAAAGAAUUGAAUAUCUAACUCCAUUGAAAAAGCUUGAUGACAAUGUAAACAUCAAUUUGUGCCGCUAUUGUAAUAAGAAUAUUGGCAAAAAAAAUAACCAAACACGUCAUGAGAAUAACUGCAGUCACAAUCGAAAAAUUAAAAACAAAAUAUUGGGUUCCAGAUUUCUUUGCAACAAUUGUGGCAGUAAUUUUAAACACAAAUAUAGUUUAAGGAAUCAUGAAUUUUAUGAUUGUGGCAUAUCACACAAGUGCAAAAUAUGUCAAAGUGUUUAUGUAACAUUACGUGCCCUAAAUAAACAUGUUCGAAAAUGUCGGAAAAGCCAGAGAAAAGUUAAAGAGAAGAUCUCGAAACAAAUGCCAGUUCUAACAGUAAAAAGUAUUGAAUAUCUAAAUUCAUUACAAGAAGUUAAUGAAAAUAUAGACAUCUAUUCAUGCCGCUUUUGUAAUCGAAAUUUCGAAUUAGGACGUAGAAGGAAACAACAUGAGAAAACCUGCACUCGUAAUCCAAUGAUUGACGAAAGCAUAUUAAGCGACAGAUUUUGUUGUAAAAAUUGUGGCAGCAGCUUCAAACUAAAAAGCAGUUUAUACACCCAUUCAGCAUCUAAUUGUGGCAACACAUCCAAGUUCAAAAAAGAUGAAAGAGUGAUUAUCAGAAAAAUGCCAAUUUUAAAAAGAAAUGCGAAUUCAAAUUUCUACUUUUGCCGUUUUUGUGAGCAGAAGUAUGCGAAUGAAUUUCAAAAAAUACGACAUGAAAAAAUCUGCACUCGCAAUGGAAGAAUUAACAAAAGCAUAUUAAGCAAUAGAUUUUGUUGUAAAAACUGUGGCAGUAGCUUUAAACAUAUCGGUAGUUUACACAGGCAUAUAAAAAACAAUUGUGUCAAAAUACACAAGUGCGAAAAAUGUAACAAAAUUUAUGGAGACCUAAGUUCUUUAAAUAGACAUAUUGAAGGAGAUCAUGAGAAAAGCUUCGAACUUGGUUAUUUAUUCGAAUGAUAUUAUUUUUUUAAAAAAUCCAUUAAUCAUUGUAGUUGAAAAAUUGUGUUUGGAAAAAAAAUAUCUAAAUGUUUUCAACACUUUUAUUUUGUUAGGAGAAAUGAAAAUUAUUUCAAUGAAACUUUUGUCGAAAAUUUCAGAAUUUCGCCAUGAAAAACACCGUUUGAUAAUUAUAAAUUAUUAAAUGAAUGUAACUCUUAUUUUAAAUGUUAUUAAUGCAUAUUUUUCUAAAAAUUGUUGUUAUUUCUUUAAUUAGCAGCAACUCGAUUAAAAUAACUGCGUGUUCACAUCGAUAAUAAUACAAAAACCUUGAAUUGUAGGUUUAUACAUAUAUUUGAUUGUUGCCAAAAGUACAGUGAAUUCUUCGAAAAAUUCUACUUUUGACCAAAGAACAUAACUAUAUUCAAAGUGUAAAUUUUAUUACAAUAAUGAAAAUUGUAUUUUUUUUUCUUUAGUUUUAAAAUAUCUUAAGACAAUGUUAUUUUUCCCAAAGAUAUUAUUUUUUGUUUAAAUACACUUUGUUGUAGUUUGAAAAUUGUUUAUCGAAAGAGAAUAU